AUGACCACAGUAAAAGAGCCUGUUCUCGAAGUCGAAGCACCUUCACCAACAAUUGGCACACCGACUAUGGGUUCCUCCAUCUCUGGCAUCCUCCAUAUCCCGGAGUCAAAGGAUGGUUUCUUUGGUUACAAUGAAGAGAAGAGUUUGCAGCAUAUUGAGGAGAAGUACUGGGCACACCGUCGAGGAUCCGACGCCCAUUCUGAAGCGAGUCACAAACCAAUCCUUCACCAACAACAUGCUGUCGGAGACGUAUUCGACGAAGAUGAAGAAAACCUGGGUAAACUCAAGCAACUUACUGGAGAGACCCAUGCCGCAGAGGUAAUCCUGAAUGCAGAGACUUUACACCUUCUUCAAUCGCUUCAGAAAUGUCUUGAGCUACGCGACAAGUAUAUGAUCAAAUCGCGCCAGCGCCUCGGUGAUGAUCCGCGCGACUAUGAUGGGCAUUUCAAACCACUGGGCGACGAUUACGCGGACGUGUCUGGUGUUCGUCCCGAUGUCCCGGCACUCAGUACCUCUGAGCCCAAGUCACAGCAAAAUUCGUUCAAGAAAUGGAACAUAUAUCCCAAGCCGCCACCACCUCACUGGCAUUGGAAGGAUAAGGAGGUCAUCAGCGCUGACGGGACGCGUAAAUCGGGCGACGACGAAUUCGAAUUUGCAAAUUGCGAAAUUCCAGGAGAACAUAAAGGGUGGUCGUAUGAGAUUGAUGUAAAGGGUGUAUUUCAAGUCUACGACGAUACUGAAGUUACGGUCAAGGAAGAAGAGAUGAAACCGGAAAAGAAGCCUGCAUUCGAUAUCCCAGAUAUCCGCGAAUACUUCCUCGACCUUGAAUAUGUUCUCGGCGUCAUCGCGGAUGGCCCAACCAAAAGUUUUGCAUACCGCAGAUUGAAAUAUCUUUCGAGCAAAUUCACUAUGUAUAGUCUUUUGAACGAAUUUCAAGAACUGGCGGAUAUGAAGAAAGUUCCUCAUCGUGACUUUUACAAUGUGCGUAAAGUGGAUACCCACGUUCAUCACUCGAGCAGCAUGAACCAGAAACAUUUGCUACGCUUUAUCAAGUCCAAAAUGAAGCGCAGCCCCAACGAUGUGGUCAUUUUCCGAGAUGGGCAACAUCUGACUCUAUCGCAAGUGUUUGAAUCGCUCAAGCUGACGGCAUACGAUCUUUCCAUCGAUACCCUUGACAUGCACGCUCAUCAGGACUCUUUCCAUCGAUUCGAUAAAUUCAAUCUGAAGUAUAAUCCUAUCGGAGAAUCUCGCUUGAGGGAGAUCUUCCUCAAAACUGAUAAUUAUAUCCAUGGCCGCUAUCUUGCAGAACUUACGAAAGAGUUGAUGAAUGAUUUGGAACAGAGCAAAUACCAGAAUGUGGAAUGGCGUGUCAGUAUUUAUGGCAGAAGCCUAGACGAGUGGGACAAACUGGCGAAAUGGAUCGUUAACAAUAAACUGUUCUCGCACAAUGUUCGAUGGCUUAUACAAGUACCUCGAAUCUACGAGGUUUACAAGGCGAAUGGUUCCGUCAAAACAUACGAAGAUAUCGUCGUUAAUGUCUUCAAGCCUUUGUUCGAAGUCACAAAAGAUCCCAGAAGCCACCCUGAACUUCAUGUCUUCCUCCAGCGUGUAGUCGGAUUCGACACUGUCGAUGACGAGUCGAAGAUCGAACGGCGAAUCCAUAAGAAGUUCCCCUAUCCAAGGUUAUGGGAUUUCCCCCAAUCACCUCCAUACUCUUACUGGCUGUAUUACAUGUUUGCUAACAUGGCCAGUUUGAACAAUUGGCGACGACUACGUGGUUUCAACACCUUUGUUUUCCGACCUCACUGUGGUGAAGCAGGAGAUACCGACCAUCUCACAUCCGCUUUCCUUACCUCUCAUUCCAUUUCGCACGGAAUCCUGCUGCGCAAGGUACCAGCACUCCAAUAUCUUUUCUAUUUGAAGCAGAUCGGCAUCGCUAUGAGCCCUCUCAGCAAUAAUGCACUAUUCCUGACAUAUGAGCGGAAUCCUCUGCCCGACUUUUUCAAGACCGGGUUGAACGUCAGUUUGAGCACUGAUGAUCCUUUGCAAUUCCAUUUCACCAAGGAACCGCUACUGGAGGAGUACAGCGUCGCCGCCCAUAUUCUUAAGCUGCCUCAAAGUUCUUUGGCCGAACUCGCCCGCAACUCGGUGAAACAGAGCGGGUUUGAGAUGGAAGUCAAGCGGCACUGGCUCGGCGACAAGUGGUACCUCCCGGGCGCUGCUGGCAACGACAUCAACAAGACGAAUGUGCCGAACAUCAGAUUGGCGUACCGCCAGCAAACCCUUCUGGGUGAGCUGGACAUGAUCAAGGGGAAAUCUUCUGGGCCGCAGAGCUCGAAUCAGAGCCCAGCUGUGCGAGAGACUAUUUUGCCUACUGCCGACGUUGUAGCUGCCAAGACGAUGGCGAAGGCACCUGCGUAA